AAAGAGAAGUGGUUUCAACAGAUCUAUUCUGUUUUUUUCUCCUCUAGAACUUCCUCUUUCCUCAGGAAAGAAAUACACGUCUGCAGUGGGGUCAGGGUUACGCAGGAACACUCGUUGCUAAAAUACACCUCCCUCAGUCCCUCAGAGUUUAUCGGAGACGGCAUCGAGACCGUUUUUCGCGUUUGGCGAAGAGGCUGCUUGAGUAACGGCGGCGUGCGUACCUAUCCGGGACUCCUGUGUCUGUCACUUGUUUUAGCGACUCCUGUCCUGUGCGAUGAAGAGGAUGCUGCCUGCUCUUCUCAAACUACUGCUGGUUUUAGCGGCAGUGUCACACGGCACAGCAACCUUCUGCGACAUCACAGAGACUGAAACAUCAGUCCAAUGUUACGGAGCUCUGGGACGAUCAGUCUUUAUAUAUCCAUUAAACACCAGUUUUGAUAUUGUUGAAUUACACGUCUAUUUCCAAGGUAAAGAGUUUUUCCACUACAAAGAAAAAACCAAACCUUCUGUGAGAACCUGCCAAAGCCGCUGUAAGCUCAUAAAAAAUGGGACGUUACGGCUGGACCAUGUGAUGAAAAAUGAUUCUGGGAUAUAUACCAUUGAAACAUUUGGUGAAGACGGGAAAAGCUGGGGAAAGAGAAACAUAUCUCUGACCAUUCAAGACCCGGUGUCCCCUCCUGCACUGUCCCAGCUUUGUCUGUCCCAUGGAGAAAUUAGGGCAUCCUGCAACAGCACCGGGGAGGACCUCCAGUACAGCUGGACUCUGAAUAACAGUCUCCUGGAUGGGGGGGUGGCGUUUCUCAGCAAUGAGACUCAGACUGUCAUACUGAGGAGGAACGUGUCUGGAUCCAUCACCUGUACAGCCAGUAACCGUGCCAGCAGCAAUCGCACCACCCAGGAACUACUCAAGUGUCCAGACCUGGUGUCCCCUCCUGCACUGUCCCAGCUUUGUCUGUCCCAUGGAGAAAUUAGGGCAUCCUGCAACAGCACCGGGGAGGACCCCCAGUACAGCUGGACUCUGAAUAACAGUCCCCUGGAUGGGGGGGUGGCGUUCCUCAGCAAUGAGACUCAUACUGUCAUACUGAGGAGGAACGUGUCUGGGUCCAUCACCUGUACAGCCAGUAACCGUGUAAGCAGUGAACACACCACCCAGGAACUACUCGAGUGUCCAGACCCGGUGUCCCCUCCUGCACUGUCCCAGCUUUGUCUGUCCCAUGGAGAGAUUAGGGCAUUCUGCAACAGCACCGGGGAGGACCUCCGGUACAGCUGGACUCUGAAUAACAGUCCCCUGGAUGGGGGGGUGGCGUUCCUCAGCAAUGAGACUCACACUGUCAUACUGGGGAGGAACGUGUCUGGAUCCAUCACCUGUACAGCCAGUAACCGUGUCAGCAGCAAUCGCACCACCCAGGAACUACUCAAGUGUCCAGGCACAGCAACCUCAUGCGACAUCACAGAGAAUAAAACAUCAGUCCAAUGUUACGGAGCUCUGGGACAAUCAGUCUCUAUACAUCCAUUAAACACCAGUUUUGAAAUUGAUAUGUUAGAAGUCUUUUUCCAAGGUAAAGAGUUUUUCCGAUACAGAGAGAAAAGCAAAACUUCUGGUGGACCCUGUCAAAACCGCUGUCAGCUCAUAAAAAAUGGGACAUUACGGCUGGACCGUGUGAUGAAAAGUGAUUCUGGGAUAUAUAACAUUGAGGCAUUUGAUAAAAAUGGGGUGAACAGAAAGAGAAACAUAUCUCUGACCAUUCAAGACCCGGUGUCCCCUCCUGCACUGUCCCAGCUUUGUCUGUCCCAUGGAGAAAUUAGGGCAUCCUGCAACAGCACCGGGGAGGACCCCCAGUACAACUGGACUCUGAAUAACAGUCCCCUGGAUGGGAGAGUGGCAUUUCCCAGUGAUGAGACUCAGACUGUCAUACUGAGGAGGAACGCAUCUGGAUCCAUCACCUGUACAGCCAGUAACCGUGUCAGCAGGGAACACACCACCCAGGAACUACUCAAGUGUCCAGACCCGGUGUCCCCUCCUGCACUGUCCCAGCUUUGUCUGUCCCAUGGAGAAAUUAGGGCAUCCUGCAACAGCACCGGGGAGGACCCCCAGUACAGCUGGACUCUGAAUAACAGUCCCCUGGAUGGGAGAGUGGCAUUUCCCAGUGAUGAGACUCAGACUGUCAUACUGAGGAGGAACGCGUCUGGAUCCAUCACCUGUACAGCCAGUAACCGUGUCAGCAGCGAACACACCACCCAGGAACUACUCAAGUGUCCAGACCCAGUGUCCCCUCCUGCACUGUCCCAGCUUUGUCUGUCCCAUGGAGAAAUUAGGGCAUCCUGCAACAGCACCGGGGGGGACCCCCAGUACAGCUGGACUCUGAAUAACAGUACCCUGGAUGGGGGGGUGGCGUUCCUCAGCAAUGAGACUCAUACUGUCAUUCUGAGGAGGAACGUGUCUGGAUCCAUCACCUGUACAGCCAGUAACCGUGUCAGCAGUGAAAACACCACCCAGGAACUACACAAGUGUCCAGGCACAGCAACCUUCUGCAACAUCACAGAGACUAAAACAUCAGUCCAAUGUUACGGAGCUCUGGGACAAUCAGUCUAUAUAUAUCCAUUUAAAACCAGUUUUGAAAUUUAUGAAUUAAAAGUCAUUUUCCAAGGAAAAGAGUUUUUCAGAUACAAAGCCAACAGACCACCUUCUGAUGGAACCUGUCAAAACCGUUGUCAGCUCAUAAAAAAUGGGACAUUAAGGCUGGACCAUGUAAUGAAAAGUGAUUUGGGGAUAUAUACCAUUAUGGAAUUUGAUGAAGAGGGGAUAAGCAAGCUGAAAAGAAACAUAUCUCUGACCAUUCAAGACCCGGUGUCUCCUCCUGCACUGUCCCAGCUUUGUCUGUCCCAUGGAGAAAUUAGGGCAUCCUGCAACAGCACCGAGAAGGACCCCCAGUACAGCUGGACUCUGGAUAACAGUCCCCUAGAUGGGAGAGUGGCAUUUCUCAGUGAUGAGACUCAGACUGUCAUACUGAGGAGGAACGUGUCUGGAUCCAUCACCUGUACAGCCAGUAACCGUGUCAGCAGUGAAAACACUACCCAGGAACUACUCAAGUGUCCAGACCCGGUGUCCCCUCCUGCACUGUCCCAGCUCUGUCUGUCCCAUGGAGAAAUUAGGGCAUCCUGCAACAGCACCGGGGAGGACCCCCAGUACAGCUGGACUCUGGAUGACCGUCCCCUAGAUGGGGGGGUGGCGUUCCUCAGUGAUGAGACUCACACUGUCAUACUGAGGAAGAACGUGUCUGGAUCCAUCACCUGUACAGCCAGUAACCGUGUCAGCAGCGAACACACCACCCAGGAACUACUCAAGUGUCCAGACCCGGUGUCCCCUCCUGCACUGUCCCAGCUCUGUCUGUCCCAUGGAGAAAUUAGGGCAUCCUGCAACAGCACCGGGGACAACCUCCAGUACAGCUGGACUCUGGAUGACCGUCCCCUAGAUGGGGGGGUGGCGUUCCUCAGUGAUGAGACUCACACUGUCAUACUGAGGAGGAACGUGUCUGGAUCCAUCACCUGUACAGCCAGUAACCGUGUCAGCAGCGAACAUACCACCCAGGAACUACACAAGUGUCCAGGCACAGCAACCUUCUGUGACAUCACAGAGAAUAAAGCAUCACUCCAAUGUUACGGAGCUCUGGGGCAAUCAGUCUCUAUAUAUCCAUUAAACAUCAGUUUUAAAAUUGAAGAAUUACAAGUCUUUUUCCAAGAUAAAGAGUUUUUCCGAUACAAAGAGAAAACCAAAACUUCUGGUGGAACCUGUCAAAACCGCUGUCAGCUCAUGAAAAAUGGGACAUUACGGCUGGACCAUGUGAUGAAAAGUGAUUUGGGGAUAUAUACCAUUAAAACAUUUGAUGACACAGGGAAAAUCAAGCUGAGAAGAAACAUAUCUCUGACCAUUCAAGGGUUCUCCUUAGGAUUCCCAGAGAAGGCAGUGCUUUUUGUGGUGCUCGGAGUUUGCUUGUUACUUAUGGUGCUGCUAUCGGGGACAUGCUACCUCUACAAGAAGAAGCAAAAACAAGCAGCAACAAGUCAGAGAAGUUUGGUUGACAGGUGUGAGGAUCCCCAGGAGUUGGUGUACUGCCAGGUGCAAGUGGCCAAGAAAAAGGAACGCCCAAAAAAGCAGGAGCAGGACCCGCAGGUGGUCUACGGUGAGGUGAAAGUGUCCGGCGACUCUAAGGCCGUCAGACGCACACCCAACGAGCAGGCAGACACGAUAUACUCCGGCGUCCGCACGUAGGUCUGGCCAAUCACAGAGCGGCCUUACCCUGCCUGCACAAGCCUUUCGCCGAAGUUAGGCCGAGUAAUCAGACGUCAAAAUUCACAGAGACUAAACAGCAUUUCAGCGGAAAGACAUUUUGAGGAACCGUUUUUUCCCCAGUCUGCUGCGUUGGAUGGUUUGUGUUGUGCAACAUAGGUCUAUUGGGUCUGUUACCCAAUUCUUUUCUGUAGUCACAGUAUGGCCACAUAAAAGAGUUACCCUAGUUACCCUAGUUGCGCAUUUUUAAUUUUAAUAAAACAUGCAUUGAUUUCUAUUAUUCUCUAAUUAUAAAUAAAACAUACACAUGGAAAGUUACUGUUGGCUAUGUUUUUACCCCUUUAUUGCUUGUAAAGUACUCCAGAAAUAAUCAUUUUGUAUGCAUUCUCCUUUUUUUUUUUUUUUUUUUUUUUACAAAUGCUUUGUAACUUAUUUGGAUGGCACAAACAAAAACAGAGAGACUGGUUGAUUGCAUUUGUAUUUUUCUAUUAAUAGUUGUAUUUCAUAUCUCAUUUAUUCUGAAUUAAAAGUAUAAUGUCUUAA